AGAGGCCGCAACGUGAUCACGCGAAGCCUCUGGAAGAUUUCCGGCCGCGACCCGACCGCCACAGACGCCUCGCGGGAGAUAAGCUUUCCUCCUCCGGCGAGCUGCUCGCACACAUGGCCGUCCUCCUCCGCACCGCCACCUCUGCUACGGCCACCGGCUCCGGUUGCUCCUCCUCGGCGCUCCUCGCCACCACGCUCCGCCGCGGCGGCGACCGGCGCCUCCUCCUCCUCCGCCCGCCACGCGGCUCGGCGCCGCGCCGCGCGGCCCUCACGGCCCGCGCCUCGGCCGAGCCGCUGGAGGUCUGCGCCAAGGCCUCCCUCACCGUCCCCGGCCGCCUCGGCGACUGUCCUUUCACACAGAGAGUUUUGUUGACAAUAGAAGAGAAACAUCUUCCAUAUGAUAUAAAACUAGUUGAUCUCGCUAACAAACCUGAUUGGUUUUUGAAAAUUAGCCCAGAAGGUAAGGUGCCUAUUGUCAAGCUUGAAGAAAAAUGGGUUGCGGAUUCUGAUGUUAUUACACAAGCACUGGAAGAGAAGUACCCUGAACCAUCCUUGGCAACUCCUCCAGAAAAGGCUUCUAUAGGGUCAAAAAUAUUUUCCACCUUUAUUGGUUUCCUUAAAAGCAAGGAUCCAAAUGAUGGAACAGAACAGGCACUACUUAGUGAGCUGACUUCAUUCGAUAGUUAUCUAAAAGACAAUGGUCCAUUUAUUAAUGGCACAACAAUAUCUGCUGCUGACCUCUCUCUUGCUCCCAAACUAUUUCACAUGGAGACAGCUCUAGGUCACUAUAAGAAUUGGUCUGUUCCAGAUUCACUUUCACAUGUGAAAAAUUAUAUGAAGACUAUCUUCUCAAUGGAUUCAUUUGUCAAGACUCGAGCUCUGCAAGAGGAUGUCAUUGCUGGAUGGCGCCCAAAAGUCAUGGGUUAAGUUCUAGCUGUAAAAGCAAGACACUCUGAUAAACUACACUGUACUUCGUCCGGUAAAGCAAUUUCCGUAUGAAUACCACUUGUUGCCGCUGAAAUAUCUAGGCCUUUCUGUGUUGGUAAUAGUC